CUUGAUGGCAACAGUUCUUUCUAAAGAUAAGCGGCGAAAAUGCGAGCAGAGAACGGAAGACUAUGGUCAACAUUGCAAAAUGGAAAGUAUGAGCUACGCAGUUUGGCCAAAGCUGACUUAGAAGAAGCCCUUAACGUGCUGAACGAUUCUUUCUUCGUCAAUGAAUCAGUUUGCAAAGGUUGUGAAAUCAAUUUACCAGAAAAUGGUCAAGCGCGCCAAGAGUUGCGGGAGCUUUGUCGAAUUACAGCGUAUGAUGGCGUUUCAUUAAUUAUAAAACACAUGAAAAGUGGUCGGAUCGUUGCCGUUUCCUUUAAUAAGUUGCAGUUUGCCCCACCACCUGGCGAGGAUAACUUCUUUGUAAAGUUCUAUAAUGAACAGUCGAAAAGUCCUCAGGCUAAAGCCCUAAUGGACUAUAUGAUUACGAUGGACUCGAAGAUUGACGUGUGCACUGAAUACCACAUGGAUUGUGUAUGUGAGCUAAUGUUUUUGGCUACAUUGCCGGAUUUUGGCAGGCAGGGACUUGGUCGUGCUCUAACUGAAACCACAAUUCGGUUGACGCGUGAAUUAGAACAGGGGCAAGGAUUGGAGGAUGUGCCGCCUGGCUUGCAGGAUAAGCGACCUAAAGCGGUUACUGCACUCUGGACCUCAUUAUUCACCCAAAAAAUUGGCAAAGCCGUUGGCUUUCAAGUGCUCAACACAGUACCCUUCAGUGAAUAUGAGUACAAUGGCAAACGGUUUGAUGAGCGCAUUGAGCCAAUUCAUAAAUUCGGAGAGCAAGUUAUGUACAAAUUGUAAAUAAAACAAAAACAUGGUUAAAUAAAU